ACGUCAUGUUCCUGGAAGUGUGCAUUUGGUACGAAAAUAAAUCUAGGCGGGAUUAUACAUAGCUAACGUUACUUAUUCGUCACAGAGUUUCUGAAUUAUUUUCUCAUUUUGGGUUUAGCGAAACAAAACUGUAAGAAACUAAAUACUGCUUAUCAAGAACUGUCAUCAUGGCAAAUUUGAAUGAAGCUGAUUUACCACCAAAUCUGACUUGUCUCAAAAAUGUUGAUACCAUUCUCCGAUGUCCCAUUUGUUUCGAAUUCCUGAGUAUCGCAAUGAUGACCAAAUGUUCUCACAACUUCUGCUCUUUGUGCAUAAGAAAAUUUCUGUCCUACAAAUUACAAUGUCCAGUAUGCAAUUCACCUACAACAGAACAGGACCUAAGAAACAACCGGAUACUGGAUGACCUGGUCACAAACUUUAAAUCUGCAAGACAGCAGUUGUCAAACGCUAAUUUUGACUCGCCUCCAAUAUCCCAGAAGACCCCGGCCUCAUCUGUCAAGUGUAAAAAACCUAGACAGACCACGGGCCCCAAGAAGGAGGCAUCCAUCUUCAAUCACUUUUUCCGAAAGGGGCCCACCACCUCCACAACUUCUCUCACGACAGAGGCCCCGCCAGCACAGCAACCUAUUCCCUGCAGAAAGAGACUGUCUGGCACUCCUCUACUUAGCCAUACUGUGAAGGAGAGCCCCCGUCCUACACAGACUGUGAAAGUAGACCCUGAUCAUCAGGUCUCUGUGAAGGAGAAGCCCAUUGAGGACAUACCGGCCCAGGUGCUGGUGUCUGUAAAGAUGGAGAAGAUGGACUUCUCCAUGACAGGGCUGGCGUCCCUGGCUGAUUCACAGUCCUCAUCACAGGACCUGAAGCCUCUAGUUAAAGUGGAGUGUCCUGUGUGUUCUGUGGGCAUCCUUGAACAGUUCAUCAACAAGCACCUGGACAGCUGUCUGACCCAAGGGGAAAAGAAGGAGAGCCUUAGGAGCUGCCUAGGUGCCAAGAGGAAGCCGAUGAGGAAGCUGGUGUACACUCUGCUGUCCAUGCAAGAGCUGAAGAAGAGGCUGAAGGAGUGCCACCUCUCUGCCCAGGGCACCAGAGACCAGCUGGUCAGGAGGCACCAGGACUUUGUACACUUCUACAAUGCCCAGUGCGACGCCCUCGAACCGAAAUCAGCCAAAGACAUCGCCAAAGAAGUGGAGGCCAACGAGAAGGCCAGGAACCAACUGCAGGGGAAAACCAAAUGUGCUAUGGUCUUCUCUAAGAACCAAAGUCUGGGGCAAAUCGAUGAGAUGCAUUCAACUUACAGGAAGCAGCAUAACAGUGAGUUCUCCCGCCUUAUCGCCCAGGUCCGGGGUCGCCUGGAGACUGCGAGGAAGAGGGAGAUAAAGCAGAAAGUGAGGGAUGAGGGAGGAGAGGAGGACCAGGGAGUGGGCUCCAGCUCUGCAGAUAAGGCAGCACAACAGGAACAGAGUGAUCCCAGCCCCAGUGACUCAGAGGCCUGCUGCGUAUUGAUGACAUCACUAGUGGAGGAGCCCUCUGAGAAGCAGCAGCAGCAGCCUUCUGUUGUAGCGGUCAUCUCCAGGUCACCCAGCCCAUGUCUCAGUGAGGUGUCCAUCAGCAGCUCCGUCUCCGACAUCUUCGCUGGCAGAUGCUAUGAAGUUCUGGAGAACGCCUCGAGUGGGAAACGGGCUUCCUGCUCCAAGGAAGAAGACUCUUCUCCGCCACUUGUCCUGGGAAAACGAGCCCGGAAAUCCUGGGAAGAGGACAGGAAGGAGUCGAGCUGAAAUCUGUUAAACGCCUUCACCUUUCUAUCUAAUUACUUUAAGCAAAUUUUCAGGAUAUAGCAUGUUAUGCAAUACAUUUUAUAACGGGGUUGUUCCACCAAUUAGAUACAUUUUGAGUGGUGAAACUUGGUGGAGAAAACCCCAGUUUAUUUCACCUAAUUGUAACAUUCUGUCAUAAAGAGCACAUAUGUGAAAUUCUGUUUUUUAACACUGGAUAAAAGUAGAGACUCAGAGCUACAAAAUGGUAUAUCAUAUACUGCAUUUUCGAGGAACAAUGGGAAAGUAAUUCUGCAUUGAAACUUGAUACAUUUAUAACCUCACUUUUGAGAAAAGGACCUUUGAAUGUUUUGGUACCUACUGGAGACCUCUCCCUUGUCUAUACCCAUUCAGCAUUGUUCACACCCUGUUAUGCCAGCCCCACCAUCUUUUUAAGGAUUCACAUGUGAGGUCAUGUGCUAAACAGUGAGUCUUAAACAUUAAAGAUUAAGACUUAAUAUCCUAAUAUCCAACGAGUAUCCUACGAUAAGGACAAAUUCCAGGUAAACAGAAAGUAAAAAUAUUUAAUAAAUAUUAGACACACUUGUCUAAAUUGAUUGGUCGUGUGAAAGAAAUUCCAGCCACAUCCAGUGGUGAAAAAAGUAGUAAAUGGUCAAACUUGAGUAAAAGUAAAGAUAGAAAAUAACUCAAGUAAAAGUCACCCAGUAAAUUUUAUUUUACCAUUAUUCAACUAGGCAAGUCAGUUAAGAACAAAUUCUUAUUUUUAAUGACGGCCUAGGAACAGUGUUGUUCUGAACUGCCUUGUUCAGGGGCAGAACGACAGAUUUAUGUACCUUGUCAGCUCAGGGAUUCGAUCUUGCAACCUUUCGGUUACUAGUCCAACGCUCUAACCACUAGGCUACGCUGCCGCCUCUACUUGAGUAAAAGUCUAAAAGUAUUUGGUUUUUAAAAAAUGCUUAAGUAUCAAAAGUAAAUGGAAUUGCUAAAAUGUACUUAAGUAUAAAUAAAGACGGCACAAUUUUUUUACAUUUUUUUUAUUGACGGAUAGCCAGGGGCACACUCCACCAGUCAGAUUUAAUUUACAAAUAAAGCAUUUGUGUUUAAAGUGUCUGCCAUAUCAGAUGCAGUUGGGAUGACCAGGUAUGUUCUCUUGAUAAGUAUAUGAAUUAGACAAUUUUCCUGUCAAAAUGUAACGAGUACUUUUGGGUGUCGGAAAAUUUAUGGAGUAAAGAGUACAUUAUUUUCUUUCGGAAUGAAGUAAAAGUGAAAGUUGUCCAAAAAUAGAAUUAAUAAAGUACAGAUACCCCCCAACAAUACUUAAGCAGCACUUUAAAGUAUUUUUACUUAAGUACUUUACACCACAUCUUUCUAAGUGGAUGGGUCUCUACAGAAGGUGUAAACGGUACAGCCAUUUGGUUACUUGCAUAGCAGAAAUAUAGAUAUGUUUUUUUAUUUCACCUUUAUUUAACCAGGUAGGCCAGUUGAGAACAAGUUCUCAUUUAAAACUACGACCUGGCCAGGAUAAAGCAAAGCAGUGUGACACAAACAACACAGAGUUACACAUGGAAUAAACAAAGUCUAUAUACAGUCUAUAUACAGCUUGUGCAAAUUAAGUAAGAUUAGGGAGGUAAGGCAAUAAAUAGGCCAUAGUGGUGAAAUAAUUACAAUUUAGCAAUUAAACACUGGAGUGAUAGAUGUGCAGAAGAUGAAUGUGCAAGUAGAGAUACUGGGGUGCAAAGGAGCAAAAAAAUAAAUUACAAUAUGGGGAUGAGGUAGUUGGGUGGGCUAUUUACAGAUGGGCUAUGUACAGGUGCAAUGAUCUGUAAGAUGCUCUGACAGCUGAUGCUUAAAGUUAGUGAUGGAGAUAUGAGUUUCCAGCUUCAGUGAUUUUUUUCAAUUCGUUCCAGUCAUUGGCAGCAGAGAACUGGAAGGAAAGGCGUCCAAAGGGGGAGUUGGCUUUGGGUGUGACCAGUGAAAUGGAUGUGGAGGUUCUGGGCUCGCGUGGUUACUCGUGGGCUGUGGUUGUGCGGCCGGUAUUGCCAAAUUCUCUAAAAUGACAUUGGAGGCUUAUGGUAGAGAAAUUAACAUUCAAUUCUCUGGCAACAGCUCUGGUGGACAUUCCUGCUGUCAGAAUGCCAAUUGCACGCUCCCUCAACUUGAGACAUCUGUGGUGUUGUGUGACAAAACUGCACAUUUUAGAUUGUCCUUUUAUUGUCCCCAGCACAAGGUGCACCUGGGUAAUAAUGAUCAUGCUUUUUAAUUUGUUACUUGAUAUGCCACACCUGUCAGGUGGAUGGAUUAUCUUGGCAAAUGAGAAAUGCUCACUAACAGGGAUGUAAACAAAUUUGUGCACCACAUUUUAGAGAAAUACACUUUUUGUGCAUAUGGAACAUUUCUGUGAUGUUUAUUUCAGCUUAUGGAAUAUGGGACCAACACUUUACAUGUUGUGUUUAUAUUUUUGUUAAGUGUAAUUACUGAUUGCCUAGGAGAGGAGAUACCAUUCCCCCUCCAAUACAGCCACUGAUUACGGAAACAACAACAGUCCCAAAUUGCCCUACCCCUUAAUCCUGGUUGAUGUGUCAACAAUCAUCUGCAAAUUAUGAGCAGUCAGCAGUUCACACACCAAGUAGGCUACUGGGAAGACAGACAACACUUCAAGUAGAUGGCCCUACAUACAGUUGAAGUCGGAAGUUUACAUACACUUAGGUUGGAGUCAUUAAAACUUGUUUUUCAACCACUCCACAAAUUUCUUGUUAACAAACUAUAGUUUUGGUAAGUCGGUUAGGACAUCUACUUUGUGCAUGACACAAGUCAUUUUUACAACAAUUGUUUACAGACAGAUUAUUUCACUUAUAAUUCACUGUAUCACAAUUCCAGUGGGUCAGAAGUUUACAUACACUAAGUUGAAUGUGCCUUUAAACAGCUUGGAAAAUUCCUGAAAAUGAUGUCAUGGCUUUAGAAGCUUUUGAUAGGCUAAUUGACAUCAUUUGAGUCAAUUGGAGGUGUACCUGUGAAUGUAUUUCAAGGUCUACCUUCAAACUCUGCCUCUUUGCUUGACAUGGGAAAAUCAAAAGAAAUCAGGCAAGACCUGCUGGAGGAAACAGGUACAAAAGUAUCUAUAUCCACAGUAAAAUAAGUACUAUACCGGCAUAACCUGAAAGGCCAUUCAGCAAUGGAGAAACCACUGCUCCAAAACCACCAUAAAAAAGCCAGACUACGGUUUGUAACUGCACAUGGGGACAAAGAUCGUACUUUUUGGAGAAACGUCCUCAGGUUUGAUGAAACAAAAAUAGAAUUGUGUUGCCAUAAUGACCAUCGUUAUUUUGGGAGGAAAAAGGGGGAGGCAACCCGAAGAACACCAUCCCAACCGUGAAGCACGGGUGUGGCAACAUCAUGUUGUGGGGGUGAUUUUCUGCAGGAGGGAAUGGUGCACUUCACAAAAUAGAUGGCAUCAUGAGGGAAGAAAAUUAUGUGGAUAUAUUGUAGCAACAUCUCAAGACAUCAGUCAGGAAGUUAAAGCUUGGUUGCAAAUGGGUCUUCCAAAUGGACAAUGACCCCAAGCAUACUUCUAAAGUUCUGGCAAAAUGGCUUAAGGACAACAAAGUCAAGGUAUUGGAGUGGCCUUCACAAAGCCCUGACCUUAAUCCUGUAGAAAAUGUGUGAGCAGAACUGAAAAAGUGUGUGCGAGUAAGGAUGUCUACAAAUCUGACUGUUACUCCAGCUCUGUCAGGAGGAAUGGGCCAAAAUUCACCCAACUUAUUUGGGAAGCUUGUGGAAUGCUACCCGAAACGUUUGACCCAAGUUAAACAAUUUAAAGGCAAUGCUACCAAAUACUAAUUGAGUGUAUGUGAUGAAAGAAAUAAAAGCUGAAAUAAAUCAUUCUCUCUACUAUUAUUCUGACACUUAACAUUCAUAAAUAAAGUGGUGAUCCUAACUGACCUAAGACGGAAUUUUUACGAGGAUGUAUUUGUAUUUGGCUAAGGUGUAUGUAAACUUCCGACUUCAACUGUAGCAAAGAGACAAUACUAGACAACGUAUACUUGGAGAUAUCAGGAGUCCUCUAGCUAUAGGAUUAACCCCCCCCCCCCCCUUCCUCACAUACUUUGUGCAUGACACCCCUGAUAGCAGUGCACCGGGGACUCAAUAUACAGGUGGUCUUGUGCACAAAGACCUGGUACACAUUUACAGGGGGUAGGUGAGAUGUUCUCUACAGGAGCUCUGCUAUUGUGCUUAAGAUUGCAGCUGUGCAAAUGACUCCAGGGACGACAAAUUUAGGAGGAAAGUUAUGUGAAAAACCAGGAUGAUUCUUCUGGUAAUUCACCUUGCCCUUCCCCAGCUCUGUGCCUGUGCAGUUGUUGGAUGUGUGAUGUGGUUGUUUCAAUGUUAAUCUGUUCCUUUAGUUUGUCCGACUCUCAAUCCCCACAUCAGGUGUUCGCUCCCAUGCCUGGCCUGCUGUUUGUCUGCCAAAGAUUAGCUGGAGUUGAGACGGGUUGGAUUUGCCUGUCAUUUGCAAUUCACGCUGAGCGCCUAUGUAUAAACAGCUCUCAAACUGAUUUUGGGUUUGUUUGAAAGCAUAGAGCGGGCCAAUAUAAUUCAAUAUGUAGUCAAGGUCAGAAAGAAAACAAAAGAGAGCGAGAGAACUGUAAGGAGGAGGCCUGCCGGUUUUGUAUGUCGGGGUGAAUAAGCAGGAGCACUUUGGAGAACUGACCUCAAAUGAAAACAGCAUAGCUGGAGCAAGGCAGGACCAUGACAUGAUGUUGCUCCAGUCACUGGACCAGAGCAGGGAGGCGGCUCGGCCCCUCACACUGCAGGGGCCAACUGCACUGACUGGACACUGAGCAAAGACGGGCAGGGGCACCUCACUGCGGCACAGAGAUACAGACACUGGCCCAAUAUUAAAGUGACGUGCUCAUCCCGGCACACUGCUUCCUCACUCUCUCCCAGUUUUCCUCCCUCCGUCCCCCACGCUGGAGAGCAAACUUGGAUGCACUAUGCAAAAAUCACACAGCCAUUUCCUGGUUGCCAAAUCAGUUUGCCUAAUUUCAGUUUGUGACAACAAAACAAUCAAGUAUAGUGUAGAUAAUAAUUGUACCAUCUAAACUGCUGUUAAGUAUCUUUUCUAUAACCAAAAAUAUUGUAUUCAACUGUUUGAAGCUGGUGUGCAAAACCGAAAGUAAAAGAUGCAAAAACAAAACUUAAGAAUGGGAAGCAUAGAAAUAGUACACACAGAACAUCUACCACUUCUCAUCUUGCUUUCAAUGAUAAUGCCACAUUUCUAUAUGAAUAUGGUCAGGCCGCCCAAAAAAGUUACAUAGUGCAGCUUUAAAGAGGGAGAGUUAAACAGCAGUCUAGCUCUUUUAACAUCUCUCAUGCCACCUGUAGCAUUGGCUCUGCAGCUAUUAAAUAUCACCUGUGCCAGCACAGGUGAAACUAAUGACUUACUAUUGAGGCAACAGGUGCAACACAUCCUGACCAACGAGGAUGACUCCAAUCAGGGCAUGUUCACCCCCAAAUAGAACCAAACUCCAAAACCUGUAACAAAAGGUACAAGAAUAUCCUAGAAGACAGUAGGGUUGUCCCAGUUAAGACCCUCAGGGGGACCACAAGCCUCCAGAGAGUGGUGUCAAAUCUCAAUGUCACAGGGAUCAGAGCAAUCUCUCCCUCAGGCAGGGCCUGUUUAUCCCACUCUCCUUCACACACAGCCAGUCACGCACCCCACCACCCUGUCUGCCAUGCUGAACUCCUCCACUGCUGGGUUGGCAGUACAUUAUGGGCUCAAUUCAAUUAUUACUGCAUUGCAGCAUUUACACAGUACAGAGCAGGGCCUAGUUUCACAUUUCCAAUUUUCAGAAUAAGAUGUGCCAAGUCUUGUAAACAAAGACACUAUUAACAUUGCUAUGAGGGGUUAUAUUGAGUUCCUGCCUUGGGUGCCCCAGUCUGUCUUAGCGCUGGGUUGCUCUUCUCACAUUCAGCACCCCGUCCAUUGCUCAGCCUGUCCAUAAUUUGAGUCAAUUGGAGGUGUACCUGUGGAUGUAUUUCAAGGCCUACCUUCAAACUCCUUGUCUCUUUGCUUGACAUCAUGGGAAAAUCAAAAGAAAUCAGCAAAGACCUCAGGAAAAAAAUGUAGACCUCCACAAGUGUGGUUCAACCUUGGGAGCAAUUUCAAAACGCCUGAAGGUACCACGUUCAUCUAUACAAACAAUAGUACGCAAGUAUAAACACCAUGGGACCACGCCGCCAUCAUAGCGCUCAGGAAGGAGACGCGUUCUGUCUCCUAGAGAUGAACGUACUUUGGUGCGAUAAGUGCAAAUCAAUCCCAGAACAACAGCAAAGGACCUUGUAAAGAUGCUGGAGGAAACGGGUACAAAAGUAUUUAUAUCCACAGUAAAACUAGUCCUAUAGCGACAUAACCUGAAAGUCCGCUCAGCAAGGAAGAAACCAUUGCUCCAAAACAGCCAUAAAAAAGCUAGACUAUUGUAACGGCAGUUGUAAUCCUCCUCCUCAGACGAGGAGAGGCGAGACGGAUCGGACCAAUACGCAGAGUGGCUAGUUUCCAUAGUGAUUUAAUAAUUAACAACAACAAUAUGCGAUACAAAAUAACUACCAUGACAGUCCUGUGUGGCGGAACACUGACACAAGAACAAACACCCACAAAACACACGUGAAACCCGGCUGCCUAAGUAUGAUUCUCAAUCAGCGACAACGGUUGACAGCUGUCUCUGAUUGAGAAUCAUACCAGGCCGAACACAAAACCCCAACAUAGAAAAUAACACAUAGACAACCCACCCCAACUCACGUCCUGACCAACUAAAUAAAUACAAGAAAAAGGAAAAACAGGUCAGGAACGUGACAACUAUGGUUUUCAACUGCACAUGGGGACAAAGAUCGUACUUUUUGGAGAAAUGUCCUCUGGUCUGAUGAAACAAAAAUAGAACUGUUUGGCCAUAAUGACCAUUGUUAUGUUUGGAGGAAAAAGGGGGAAACUUGCAAGCCGAAGAACACCAUCCCAACCAUGAAGCACGGGGAAGGCAGCAUCAUGUUGUGGGGGUGCUUUUCUGCAGGAGGUACUGGUGCACUUCACAUAGUAUAUGGCAUCAUGAGGCUGGAAAAUUCUGUGGAUAUAUUGAAGCAACAUCUCAAGCCAUCAGUCAGGAAGUUAAAGCUUGGUCGCAAAUGGGUCUUCCAAAUGGACAAUGACCCCAAGCCUACUUCCAAAGUUGUGGCAAAAUGGCUUAAGUACAACAAAGUCAAGGUAUUGGAGUGGCCAUCACAAAGCCCUGACCUCAACCCCAUAGAAAAUUUGUGGGCAGAACUGAAAAAGUGUGUGCGAGCAAGGAGGCCUAACAAACCUGACUCAGUUACACCAGCUCUGUCUGGAGGAAUGGGCCAAAAUUCACCUUAAUACCUUCCCACCUUACUUAUUGUGGGAAACUUGUGGAAGGCUACCCGAAACAUUUGACCCAAGUUAAACAAUUUAAAGGCAAUGCUACCAAAUACUAAUUGAGCGUAUGUAAACUUCUGACCCACUGGGAAUGUGAUGAAAGAAAUAAAAGCUGAAAUAAAUAA